AUGCGAAAUUUCAAGGUGAACGAUUAUGAGGACGAGGAGUAUAUCGGAAAUAUCACUAUUGGAACACCCGAACAGCAAUUCCAGGUUAUCCUUGAUACUGGCUCAUCAAAUCUAUGGGUUCCUGAUAGCACAUGCGGCUUGGUGCAUGAGAACUGCGCUGAUUCUGUUUGCACAGGGGUACUGUGCGAAUUUAUGUGCGACGAUCAGUCAUGCUGCGGUGGCGGAGUGAACGCAUGCCAGGGCAAGAACGUCUACAAGUCAUCGCAGUCUUCCACCUACGUCUACCAAUGGCAGACACUGUACGGUACUGGAUCGGCUGUUGGUUUCCUGGGCCAAGAUACAGUGCGAUUUGGUGGCAUCGGCACGAAUCAGCUCGUCGUACCCAACACGGUUUUCGGACAAGCAACAAGUUUAGCUGCCUUCUUUGCUGAUGUAGGUGGAAAAUUUGACACAUUAGAUACCAGGACAAUGUCUACGGAGGUGUGUACACCUAUGGUGGUUUGGACACCGCAAACUGCGGUCCAGUUCUCGCAUAUCAACCGCUCUCGUCAGCAACCUACUUACCAGUUCAAGCUUGAUGCCGUUGCUUCAAGCACUUACUCGUCAACAAAAGGAUGGCAAGCUAUUUCUGACACUGGUACAUCCUUGUUGGCCGCUCCUACGUCGAUAGCCAGCGCUAUCGCUGACGCCAAUGGAGCUACGUACGAUGCCGAAGAUGAGGUGUACUUCAUCGACUGCAACGCCAAGCCUUCCCUUGACUUAACAAUCGGCGGCAACAAAUACACCAUCACUUCUGCGAACCUCGUUAUUCCAUCCGGCGAUGGCCGUUGCCUUUUGGCCAUUUUCGGCAUGAACACCUUCGGAUUUGGUCCCGCGUGGAUUCUCGGAGAUCCUUUCAUUCGCCAAUACUGUAACAUCUACGACGUUGGACAGCAACAAAUUGGUUUUGCUAAUUCACUUCAGCAAUAA